AAAGCAACAGGUUUUGUGUGUGGUAACAGUCUGAGUUAAGAACUUGUUAAAUAAUGUACUGUAUGGAUGGUGCUGAGUGAGCAUACAUGGAAGACAGUUUUUUAGCCCCAUCGGCUUGUGCAUUAUCUUCAUGUGCUUGCUGGAGUAAUUACUUAAUGCCACAUCAGUUUGUGCAUUCUCAUUCCAUGCUAUGGUAAUUACUAAAGGCUUGGUUUUUCCUUCAUAUAUGCUCUUCUAUUCAUAGUAGGCCAGGUACCCAUUCUCUUUGCAUGCUAUGGUAAUUAUUAAAGGCAUGGUUUUUCCUUCAUAUAUGGUCUUCCAUUCAUAGUAUGCCAGGUGCCUGUUCUAUCUUCAGUAAUCUAUAUCAGAAAGCUUCUAUUCUUGCAGAUUAAAAGUCUUGCGGCUGAGCUUUGUCUUGAUAGGGCAGUGGUCCUUGAAUUGCUUCGUGAUCCCCCUCCUUACCUCGUAUUGAUGUCUGCUGCUUUACCUGAUAAAGUUGAAACAGAAAUUUCAGAGCCUGAAACUAAAAGCACAGAGCCUUCUAGUGCAGAAGAGAAGCUUGAUGUUGUAAAGCCUGAGACCAAGAACACAAUGAUUAGCAGCAUAGUUCAUGUGACUAACUUGCCUCGCAAAAGAGUGCUGAAAUGGUUUGAAGACAAGCGUACAGAAGAAGGGGUCCCUGAUCACCACCUCCCAUAUCAACGGUCACAAAUUCAGUGUCAUAAAAUGCAGUUCAACUUAACAGUGUCAGCAUCCAGACUACCUGGACAUGGAAUAUCUCCAUCUCGUCUUCAUCUACUUCCAUGUACCAUAUUAUUGGAGCUGAUUCAGGAGCCUUCAGAUUAUCCAAUUGUAGAUUCCCUGGUCUAUGUGAAUCCAUACUUCACUGACCCACUUUGUUGCAGCCUUAGAAAAUUUUCCUUUCAUUUUUUCACAAUACAAAGGUAGCUAGCUCUCUUUCUGCUACUUGGUGGAGAAAGUUGAAAUAUGAAAGUAGUUGAUAUAGUAACUUUGUUGACCUCUUUUCAGUAAUCAUGUUUGGAAAA